AUGAAGAAGCAGCCAAACUCUCCAAAAGUGAAAUAUCCAAACAACUACGCCACAUUAUGUGACUUCAUUGUUGUAUUCAAAAGUCUUGCUGCUGUAAUUGGUAAAUUUUUUACGGAAAAAGUUCAGCAUUACUCAAAAAAGGCGAAGCAGCCUGAAAUUAUAUUUGAAACUGCUCGGGUUGGAUUUUUUCGACCAAAAUUUGAAACCAGUAAACAAUUUGUGAAAUCUGCAUAUGUAUUUAUUCUCACCCUUACCCUCUCAGGAGUAGAAUUAAAGGAAAUAAAAAAGACGAAGAAGAGGCAUGAACGGAGUGGCCAACUCUUGAAGGCACUAUUGAAAAGACCUUAUGCAGCAUACACAGGAAGUGGGGGUAUCCCUACCGAUAUCCUUGUUGAAGCAGAUAUGUAUAAUGUUUAUAUGGAAUAUAAACAAGGUGAAACCAGUGAAUUGGGAUGGUUGGAGGAAGAAAAUAAAACAGAGGUUGAUGACGAAAACCCUCAAGGUAUGGACAAAAGAUGGACAAGAAAAACGGGUCAAGAAGCUGAAGAAGGAAAGAUGGACAAAAAAGAGACAGCAUUUUUGGUUGCAGCGAGAAAUGGCAUAGUUGAAAUGGUUUAUGAACUUUUAUACCGAAUUCCAAGUGUCAUCCACAACACUAAUUCAAUGAAAGAGAAUGCGUUGCUGGUGGCAGUGAUUAACAGACAGCCCCUUGUUGUCGAGAGUUUGAAAAAGAUGAUGCAGUUCAAACCAGAAAUUUGGAAUAGCUUAAUUCUGACAGUAGAUAUAGAUGAGAACACCGUGUUACACUUGGCAGCAUAUGCUCCAUCCACCGACAAGUCUCCACAGGUAGCUGGUUCUGCCUUGCAAAUGAUGUGGGAUGUAAAGUGGUUUCAGUAUAUUCAAAGGCUUGUGCCACAACACUUUUACACAAGAAGCAACAACAGGGGCAAAACCCCAGGAGAAAUAUUCGAGGAAACACAUCAAUUUCUUAUAGAGAAAAGUGGCGAUUGGCUGAAGCAAACAUUUGAAUCUUGCUCUGUUGUGGCUGGACUUGUUGCUGGAGUUACCUUUGCUACUUGCAGCACCAUCCCCGGUGGCACCAACGACCAAGGUAGGCCUCAUUUGGAAGGAAAACCUGCAUUCAAUGUAUUUGUCAUUGCUUCACUUGUUGGACUUUGCUUCUCUGUCAUUGGACUCAUAAUGUUCCUUAUCAUCAUCACUUCUCCAAUGCAAUCCAAGGAUUUUCGUAGAGCUUUGCCAUUCAAAAUUCUUCUAGGCCUGAGCUCUCUUUUUAUAUCCAUUGCUGCAAUGGAAGAUAGAAAAGAAGAUGAAUGGGGUGGUCAAACCCUUGAAGGCAAUAAUCAAAAACUGGUAGAGAGAAUGAGGAUCCCACCGAUUUAG